GCUGCUGGAGCGGGUCCCUGUCACUGCCCGGAGCGGGGCCGGGUCUCCAGCCCGUGCCGCUGUUCGGCUGCCCGCGGUGGGCGCAGCCCCUCGCCCCUGCCAUGGCUCUGUCCUGCGUGCUGAGGCCACCGCGCUGCCACCUCCGCCCUCCGCCGCUCUCCCCGCUCAGCCUGCCCGCUCCGCACCGCGGCCUGCUGACAACCACAGCAGCAACGUGCCAAGGGAAGAAAAAGGCCAGGGUGAGCUGCAUCCUGCCAGAACCUUCCUGGGAGGAGAGGUUAGCAAAUGCAGUGACACCACUGUGGAGACUUCCCUACCAAGAGCAGCUGCAGGUCAAGUAUGAAAGCCAGAGGAAGAUUUUGCAGACAUUGGCAGCUCGUCUUGAGGAGCUGGGCAUAGAUGCACAGAAACCUGGUGGGCUCUGCUGUCCUCUGCAGCCUAUAGUCCCUUCGCCCAUCAUUAAUGGCUACCGAAACAAAUCAACUUUCUCUGUGAACCGAGGACCAGAUGGGAACCCCAAAACUGUUGGGUUGUAUGUAGGAACUGGCAGAGGAAGAAAUAUUGUCUGUGUGAAAGCAAAUCAUGUGGAGAACAUACCUUCAAAACACAAACAAGUAGCCCAGUGCUAUGAGGAGUUCAUCUCUCGCUCCCCCCUGGACUCCUGCAUCCUCUUCCAUGAAGGUGGACACUGGCGAGAGCUCGUGGUUCGUACCACCAGCUGUGGCCACACCAUGGCUACCAUCACCUUCCACCCCCAGCAGCUGGGCCAGGAGGCACUGGCUACUCAGAAAGCAUUGCUGAAGGAGUUCUUCACAUGUGGGCCUGGAGCAGUCUGUGCCUUGACUUCACUUUAUUUCCAAGAGAGCACCAUGACACGCUGCUCCCACGAGCAGUCCCCCUACCAGCUCCUCCACGGAGCACCACACAUCUUUGAAGAACUGCUCGGCCUGAAGUUUCGCAUCUCUCCAGAUGCCUUUUUCCAAGUCAACACAGCUGGAGCAGAAGUUCUGUACCAGGCAGUCGGGGAGCUCUGCCAGGCUACAGGGGACACUGUUCUCCUUGACAUCUGCUGUGGAACAGGCACAAUUGGUCUCUCUCUGGCUCACCAGGUGUCCAAGGUUAUUGGUGUUGAGGUGGUGGAGAAGGCAAUAGAGGAUGCUCAGUGGAAUGCAGCAUUCAAUGGGAUCUCAAACUGUGAGUUUCACAGUGGAAAGGCAGAGGCUGUGUUACCACAGCUCUUGGCAUCGUGGGAGGAUGCCCGACCGCUUGUUGCUGUGGUGAACCCUUCUCGGGCUGGCCUACAUUACAGGGUUGUACGAGCCAUCCGGAACUGCAGGUCCAUCCGCAGGCUGCUCUACAUCUCCUGCAAGCCAGAGGGUGAAGCCAUGAGGAACUUCCUUGAGCUGUGCUGCCCACCUGACCCACAGAAGAAGCUGGCAGGGGAGCCAUUUGCCCCUGUGUUGGCUAUUCCUUUUGAUAUGUUUCCUCACACUGUUCAUUGUGAGCUGGUGCUGCUCUUUACCCGCUGAGGAGGCAGGAAUGAGCUCUGAGAGCUUGGGAAGCAACCUCUUCCUGUCCUGAAGACCUAAUGUAGUUAGGAUUUUAACUUAUUUUCUGUGAAGUUGUAUAAAAAUAAAUAUUUUUGUUUUUUCUUGUACUUUGGGUUGCCUAGCAACACUGUUCUGCAAAGAACUACUUGGAUUUCUGGGGUGAAAAGGUUCUCUGUAGCAUUUCAUCACCCUUCCUUCCCCUGCAACUUGGGCUGCUGGUUAAGCAGCCUGGGAAAGAGUCUCUCCCUGUGUUGAGGAAUAUGUAGCUCAGUGAUUGAGCUGCAAAUUGUGCUCUGGAUAGUGGGAAAUCGCUGGAGCCCCAGGUAAGGAGCCUUGAGUAGGUGCUGACCUUGUGCCUAACAAAGGUCACGGGCCUUCCAGCGCUGGCUGGGUGUGGGUGGCUCCUCCCCCACAGACUGUGCACAAAUUCAUGAAGUGAGAAGACACCAGACUAAUUUUCCACUCGUCAGAACUGUUGUGCAACGGGUGGGAGAUUUAGGAUAUAGAAGAGUAUGAAAGCCCAGGGAUUCCUUUGUUGGUGUCCCUGCUUGGAGGAGGCACCAGCUUUGGCAAUGAGAUUUUUCUAUAAAACAAAAUAAAAAGAACAGAUUUCAGUGUCUCUCUUUCCCCAUCUGUCUCCCCCUUCUCCAGUAAUAAUUGCUGAUGCCUAAAUAGGAAGUGCCCUGUGAAAAAAUCAGCUGCAAUA